AGGUGUUUGCAUUGAACCUGGAGGGGACGCGAGGAGACCUUGCUGCUUGCUUGCCUGCAGCCGCCGCCGCUUUGCGAGUUCGCAGAACAAGAGCGCAGCGCUAAGCCGAGGCACUCGUCCUGAUGGCACUGAGGUUACCUGCCAGGAGGCUUUUGCAAUGCAGCCGUUGUGUGACAGGCCCGUGCGAUGUCCGUGCACAGGGCACCAGCCCAGCUGUGCAAAAGGAAAAAGAAGCAAAGCCCUCUGGCAGAGAAGAGAAAGGCCCAAGAGCCCAGUUUGAUUGGCGAGAUGCCUUGCAGUUGGAGAGGCUCUUGACUCCGGAAGAAAUAAUGAUUCGGGACUCAUUUCGCACCUAUUGCCAGGAAAAGUUGAUGCCCAGGAUCCUCAUGGCCAACCGAAACGAAGUCUUUCACCGGGAAAUUGUGUCAGAAAUGGGGGAACUGGGUGUCCUGGGCCCUACUAUCAGAGGCUAUGGCUGCGCAGGAACCACCUAUGUGGCAUAUGGACUCCUGGCAAGGGAGAUUGAGAGAGUGGACAGCAGCUACCGUUCGGUCAUGAGUGUACAAUCAUCUUUGGUGAUGCACCCUAUAUAUGCAUAUGGGACAGAAGAUCAGAGGCAAAAAUACUUGCCACGGCUGGCCAAGGGAGAGUUGCUGGGCUGUUUUGGGCUUACGGAGCCCAACCAUGGAAGUGAUCCUGGUGGCAUGGAGACCCGGGCCAAAUACAACCCCUCCAGAAAGACCUACACACUCAACGGCACCAAGACAUGGAUCACCAAUUCUCCAAUGGCCGAUCUUUGUGUGGUGUGGGCUGUGUGUGAGGACAGCAAAGUGCGGGGUUUCCUCUUGGAACGUGGAAUGAAGGGUCUCUCCACUCCAAAGAUCGAGGGCAAGUUUUCGCUGCGAGCCUCUAUCACGGGGAUGAUUGUUAUGGAGGAUGUGGAGGUGCCCGAAGAAAACCUGCUGCCCCAUGUUUCUGGACUUGGUGGUCCCUUUGGCUGCUUGAACAAUGCUCGCUAUGGCAUCGCUUGGGGAGCGCUGGGAGCUGCUGAGUUCUGUAUGCAAACUGCCAGGCAGUACACCUUGGACAGGUCCCAGUUUAAAGUCCCCCUUGCAAGAAACCAGCUUGUCCAGAAGAAGCUGGCCGACAUGCUCACAGAGAUCACUAUUGGCUUACAAGCUUGCCUACAACUGGGACGCCUGAAAGACGAAAACAAAGCAACCCCUGAGAUGAUCUCCAUGCUGAAGCGGAAUUCCUGCGGGAAAGCUCUGGAGAUUGCCCGGCAAGCCCGUGACAUGCUGGGGGGCAAUGGAAUUGCUGACGAGUACCAUGUUAUCAGGCACGUCAUGAACCUGGAGGCUGUCAACACGUACGAAGGGACCCAUGACAUCCAUGCGCUCAUCCUCGGGAGAGCUAUCACUGGACUUCAGGCCUUUACCGUCAGCAACUGAAUGCAUUUCUGCAGGGUUCCUCUUUGCUGCUCAUGGCGCCAAUGGAGUGGGGUUUGGUGAUGCCACAACGGUUUAAAAAGCUAUUGCUGCUGACUGGACUCUCAACAAAUAUGUUUCUGCAGCUCGGCUCAAUUAUUUGUCAUGAAUUUGAAGCCGUACCAAAACCAGGCACUUAAGAAUACUUACUUACUUCUCCAACAGGAGGCAUAGAGAUAAAGAGCAUUAAGGUGGCUAAGGAGCACAUCAUUAAGACUUGAUUAUGCUUUCAGUGGGUAGUAGGGAGGGUGAUGGCAAGCAGAGAAAGCUGCAAUAUAGAGGAAUAGCACAGUUCAAACAUUGCCAAAUUGUCUAGGUGGCAAGUGUUUUGGCACGUAACUGGUGGCAUUUUGCCCUUAACAGUCAUUCUAUGAAAAGUUCUCUGCUGCCACAGGACCCAACCAGGACAGUAGCCUUGGCUGCUUUUUAGGUGACCAUAACUGCAGAUUAUCUACCAUUUAAAGAAUUUACCAUUCUUUUUAAAGCAGCCCUUGAGGUUACUAAGCACUAAGAGUGGGAAUUACAACUUACUGUCCAUUUUGCAGUCGUCGUGUCAUGUGACCUUGAGCAAGCUGCUGCCUUUCAGUGCCUCAGUACCCGUUUGUUAAAUAAGGACUGACAUUUGAGUAGAUUUUUUUUUUAUGUUGAGCUCAGCUAGGGCUUUUUUGAACUUGUGAUUCUCAUGAGAGCUUUUUCUUAAAGAAUAAAUUGAAUUUGAUGGAUUUCCCUCAGUA